AUGCUGGAGAAUUUCGAAUCUCCCAAUUUCUCGUUACCCAACGUCGACGAGAAACCGAGCCGUGAGGAAUUUUUCGACCUAAGAUCCGUCGAUCCGGUCCAGUACUUGACCCGGAACCCGAGAUCCUCCUUCGCGAGGUUCACGUUACACAAGUACUUGAGCGUUGUACACGCGAAGAUGGAGUGUUCCUUCUUCGGGAACUUGAACCAGAGGAAGCUGGUUAACUCGGGCGGGUUUCCGGAUUCGGGUUUUUUCGCGACCUUCUGUGAGAUGUCAAAACGGAUCUGGCUUCUACACUGCUUGGCGUUUUGCCUCAGCGAAAACGUCACGGUGUUUCAGCUCAAAAGAGGUUGUAGAUUCUCUCAAGUCUACAUGGAGAGUGUGAAAUCAGGCGACGAGUCUCUCUUCUCCGGCGAUAAUUCAGAUAUCCGGGUCGGAUUCACGGUUGUUCCCGGGUUUAAUAUCGGCGGUCACGUGAUACAGAGCCAGGUUUACUUAACUCCGGUAACCGGUUUUCCCCCGCCGGUUUCUUCAUGA